UAGUAUAUCUAGUCUUUGCUGAUAUCUUUAUGCAUAGAUCAGUGCAUACAUACAUGUCUGUGACCUUCUUUUUAUGUCGACCAAACGAUAAGUACCGUUAGAAAAUCAGAAGGAAUACAACUUGAAAUUAUGAUGAAAUCAGUCAUCUUUUUCCUCUCUCUGAUAGUUUACAUCUUAUCAGACUCGGAACCACAAAGAGAAGUAGUUUUGUUUGACAGAGCAGACAAAAAUAGAGACGGUCAAUUAACACGGGCAGAACUGGACAAUGUGUACCUGCUUUUUGAUGUAGAUCAUGACCAUAGUAUUACAAGUGCAGAGUUUACAAAAGACUGGGUUGUUACAUAUGCAAUCGGAAAUAGUAAAGAAGCAGCCAAAUUAUUUUCUAAGGCCGAUGUAAAUGAAGAUGGUGUCAUCAACAAGCACGAUUUGCCUUUUGUUUUUACAUACUUUGAUAUGGACAGUGAUGGCCAUGUAAGUGUAAAUGAAUUUCUGACACAGUGGGGACAACUGAAAUUGGAAGCAGGCCUUGAAACCAUUGACAUCCAUCUUGAUAACAAUGUAACAACUACUUCCAGUGGAUAACAAACUACACACGGAUAAAGCCCGAAACAUAAGACACAACGGUGGGACUUCUGAAGGACUCGGCGAACAUAAUUCUAAAUUAUAUUAAAUAAUUUACUUGAUAA